AUGGACUCUUUGUCAUCAUGCUGGUGGCUGCGUCGGCAGGGGCGUUGUUCCUGGGGGCCGCCCUUCUGCGGCUCCCGCUGCCCAGCCUCCCGCACCUGCCCCCCUCCUCAGUCAGGCCCCUCCUCUCCUCCCGGCACCCGUUUGUCCAAAGAAGAGGGCGUUUCGUGCUUUGAGUCCGUGUUGAAAGCUGUGGAAGGCGGGUCUGUCGGCCUCGGCCCCCCACCCGCGGGGAAGCACCGGGAUUCCUGCAGCCCGGGGCCCGCGCCUGGUCAGCCGCCGCCGGGGCCGGGCCCUCUCGGGUCUUUGAAGCCCGGCCCCCGGGUUUCCUUUGGGUUUUCCUUCCUUUCGUUUGAAGUUGGGUUUUGCUUUUCUGUGUUCUGUAUGUAUCUCGUUCAGUGUUGUCAAGGUGGCGCUUCAGGUUUCACUACCGCGGCCAGAGCGGGGCGUCCGCGCCGCGUGUCUGUCUGA